AUGGGGAGGACAUGGGAGAAUAUAGGAGAUGUUGAAAUAAGAGAAGCUUUCAAUGCAAAACUUAGAACACACCAGCGGACUCACACAGAGAGAAAACGUUUUAAGUGCAGGGAGUGUGGGAAGAACUUCAGUCAGAGUGGAAACCUUAAAUUGCAUCAACGGACUCACACAGGGGAGAAACCAUUUAAAUGUAUCGAGUGUGGAAAGAGCUUUAGUGAUAAUGGAAAACUUAGAAGACAUCAACGGAUUCACACAGGGGAGAAACCAUUUCAGUGUAUGGAGUGUGAAAAGAGUUUUAGUGAUAAUGGAAUACUUAGAAGACAUCAACAGACUCACACAGGGGAGAAACCAUUUAAAUGCAUUGAUUGUGGAAAGAGCUUCAGGGAUAAUGCAACACUUAGAAGACAUCAAUGGAUUCACACAGGGGAGAAACCAUAUAAAUGCAUUGAUUGCGGAAAGAGCUUUAGUGAUAAUGGUCAACUUAGAAAUCAUCAAUGGACUCACACAGGGGAGAAGCCAUAUAAAUGUAUCGAGUGUGGAAAGAGAUUCAGUCAGAGUGGACACCUUAGACAACAUCAACGGACUCACACAGGGGAGAAACCGUUUCAGUGUAUGGAGUGUGAAAAGAGUUUUAGUGAUAAUGGAAAACUUAGAACACAUCAACGGACUCACACAGGGGAGAAACCAUUUAAAUGCAUGGAGUGUGGAAACAGAUUCAGUCAGAGUAGACACCUUAGACAACAUCAAUGGACUCACACAGGGGAGAAACCAUUUGAAUGCAUAGAGUGUGGAAAGAGCUUCAGUCAGAGUGGAGACCUUAGAAAUCAUCAACGGACUCACACAGGGGAGAAACCAUUUCAAUGUAUGGAGUGUGGAAAGAGCUUCGGUCAGAGUGCACACCUUAGACAACAUCAACGGACUCACACAGGGAUGAAACCCUUUAAAUGCAUUGAGUGUGGAAAGAGCUUUAAUAAUAGUGGAUGCCUUAGAAGACAUCAACGGACUCACACAGGGGAUAAACCAUUUAAAUGCAUUGAGUGUGGAAAGAGCUUUAAUAAUAGUGGAUGCCUUAGAAGACAUCAACGGACUCACACAGGGGAGAAACCAUUUGAAUGCAUAGAGUGUGGAAAGAGCUUCAGUCGGAGUGGAGACCUUAGAAAUCAUCAACGGACUCACACAGGGAUGAAACCCUUUAAGUGCAGGGAGUGUGAGAAGAACUUCAGUCAGAGUGGAAACCUUAAAUUGCACAAACAGACUCACACAGGGGAGAAACCAUAUAAGUGUAUUGAGUGUGGAAAGAGCUUUACUUACAGUGGAAACCUUAGGGAACAUCAACGGACUCACACAGGAGAGAAACCAUUUACAUGUAUGGAGUGUGGAAAGAGCUUCAGUCGGAGUGCACACCUUAGAAAUCAUCAACGGACUCACACAGGGGAGAAACCAUUUAAAUGUAUCGAGUGUGGAAAGGGCUUUAGUGAUAGCGGAAGUCUUAGAAAACAUCAACGGACUCACACAGGGGAGAAACCAUUUCAAUGUAUCGAGUGUGGAAAGAGCUUUAGUGAAAAUGGAAGCCUUAGAAAUCAUCAACGAACUCACACAGGGGAGAAACCAUUUCAAUGUAUCGAGUGUGGAAAGAGCUUUAGUGAAAAUGGAAGCCUAAGAAAUCAUCAACGGACUCACACAGGGGAGAAACCAUUUCAAUGUAUCGAGUGUGGAAAGAGCUUUAGUGAAAAUGGAAGCCUUAGAAAUAAUCAACGAACUCACACAGGGGAGAAACCAUUUCAAUGUAUCGAGUGUGGAAAGAGCUUUAGUGAAAAUGGAAGCCUUAGAAAUCAUCAUCGGACUCACACAGGGGAGAAACCAUAUAAAUGUAUCGAGUGUGGAAAGAGCUUCAGUCAGAGUGCACACCUUAGAUCACAUCAACGGACUCACACAGGGAAUAAACCAUAUAAAUGUAUCGAGUGUGGAAAGAGCUUUAGUGAUAGCGGAAGUCUUAGAAAUCAUCAACGGACUCACACAGGGGAGAAACCAUUUAAAUGUAUCGAGUGUGGAAAGAGCUUCAGUCAGAGUGCACACCUUAGAUCACAUCAACGGACUCACACAGGGGAGAAACCAUUUCAAUGUAUCGAAUGUGGAAAGAGCUUUAGUGAAAAUGGAAGCCUUAGAAAUCAUCAACGAACUCACACAGGGGAGAAACCAUUUAAAUGUAUGGAGUGUGGAAAGAGCUUUCGUGAUAGCAGCAGCCUUAGUUCCCAUCAUCGGACUCACACAGGGGAGAAACCAUAUAAAUGUAUCGAGUGUGGAAAGAGCUUCAGUCAGAGUGCACACCUUAGAUCACAUCAACGGACUCACACAGGGGAGAAACCAUUUCAAUGUAUCGAAUGUGGAAAGAGCUUUAGUGAAAAUGGAAGCCUUAGAAAUCAUCAACGAACUCACACAGGGGAGAAACCAUUUAAAUGUAUGGAGUGUGGAAAGAGCUUUCGUGAUAGCAGCAGCCUUAGUUCCCAUCAUCGGACUCACACAGGGGAGAAACCAUAUAAAUGUAUCGAGUGUGGGAAGAGCUUCAGUCAGAGUGCACACCUUAGAUCACAUCAACGGACUCACACACGGGAGAAACCAUUUCAAUGUAUGGAGUGUGAAAAGAGCUUCAGUGAGAGUGCACACUUUAGAUCACAUCAACGGAGAAGGCUGGGAAUGAAGACCGUCAGCAAAAGAGACAGCCAAGGAUGA